AUGGCGACGUCUCCAGAUUGCUAUGCCAGCGACACAGCGUACCUGACGACCUUGGCAUAUUGUAUGAGUACUCACUGUGACCCUGAGCGCGAACCCACAUGGCGAAGAGAGAAAUUCUGGUCCACCAGAGUCACCGGUGACGAGUCGGUGCUUCCUAAAUGGGACUAUACUACAGCCCUCGCCGAGGUCAAGGAGCCCCCCACUGUCGUGUAUAAUGCCAGCUCGCCAGAUGUCUUGGAGCAGACGGUGCUGGUCAGUGAGGCGAGCUAUGAGAUGCAAAGCAAAUUUAUGGUCCUGUUCGAUCACAUCGAGGGACUACAAUCGAGAUACAUCUUUGUUCUGUUGUCGGUGGCUCUGGGGAUUCCGAUAUUGUUCACCUUCAUAACUUAUCUGCCAUUCAUGAAUGGCAUCCUCGACAGAGUCCGACCGUAUCUUGUCUAUCCCUCGAUCAUCGGGACAUACCAUGUUCGGCCUUUGCCAUGGCUUCUGGGGAAUGCACCUACUGUUGGACAGGCACUAUAUAUCGCCUUGUUCUUCAUUCUCAAUCUGGUCCUCAGCUCGGUCAACUACCGCCAUUCACAGCCCCAUCCAUGGUACUUCCCUCCGAGAGAAGAGCUCCUAGCAUACAUAGGUUACCGCACCGGUCACAUUGGUUACGCUUUACUUCCUCUCGUCAUUCUAUUUUCAGGUCGCAACAACUUCCUCCUGUGGAUCACCAAUUGGUCAUACUCAACAUAUCUCCUACUACAUCGUUGGAUCGCACGUGUCUUCGCUCUGCACUGUAUUGUCCAUAGCAUCACCCUCCUACUAUGCUACCACGGGACGGGGAGCUACUCAGUCCAGUCGAAGAUGCCUUAUUGGUCUUGGGGCAUCGUAGCGACAGUUCUCGUUUGCGCCAUGCUCGUGUUGAGUCACCUAUACUUCCGACGGCUGUCAUACGAAUUCUUCCUGCUCCUGCACAUCAUCCUAGCUGUCUUCGUUAUCGCAGGCUGUUGGUACCAUGUGAUCCUGAAAUGGGGAAACAAUUUCUACGACGACUGGCUCUUCGCCGCAUGUGCAGUAUGGUUCUUCGACCGCUUGGUUCGCGUGCUGCGUGUGAUGAAGAACGGUGUGCGCCGCGCUGUGGUCACAGAGAUUGGCUCGGAUCACGUCCGCGUCGACAUCCCCGGCGUACGAUGGCCUAGAGUACCAGGCACAGUUGCUUACGCUUACUUCCCAACGCUCAAUCCUCUGCGGCCGUGGGAGAACCAUCCAUUCUCUGUCAACUCCACAACUCUGUUCCGUGAAUACUCCAAGGAAGGACGUACGGGCGGCAAGAUUCUAUCCACCUCGGCAUCACUUGAGGAUGGCCCUUCCUCCUCAUCAUUGGACGACAACGGCCACCGAGACAUCGAGAAACUGCCCGGCAAAGUCGCAUUGACGACCUCAUCGCCAUCAUCAAGCUCCCAAGAACACGACACUGCCAGCCACCUCUCCACUCCCACCGCCUCCGACGGCAUCACCCUGAUCAUCAAGAAGAACCAAGGGCUAACGCGCCUCCUCCAACGGCACGGCAGCCUGCUCACGCUCCUCGAUGGACCCUACCCACAGCACGCCAGCGCUUCACUCCUGCAAACGGACCGCCUCGUCCUCAUCGGCGGCGGCAUCGGCAUCACAGGCCUCCUGGCCUGUGCACACGCUGGCAACCGCAACGUCAAGCUCGCAUGGAGCGUCAAAUCCAGCGCCGAAGCACUCGUGCACGAGUUACAAACCGUGGCGCUACGUGACGCCGAAUUCGGAGCCGGAGCCGUCCUCGAGAAGGAUAUCGUCGUCGGCCACCGUCUGGAUAUCGCGGGCUUGCUGGACCGUGAGGCCGCCGCCGGCUAUGCGAAGGUCGGGGUCGUUGUUUGUGGGCCUCCGGCAAUGUGUGACGAUGUGCGGGCUCGGGUGGCGGGUCUGGGACGCGCGGCGCCCAAUGGUACCGCUUUUGAGUUGGAGGUUCAUGCGUUCUCGUGGUGA